CGGCUGAGCUGCGCGGCGCGCAUCUCGCAGCAGACCCAGCGGCCGCGGCUCCUAAGCGCGCCGGCCAGCACCUGCUACCCCCCACCACCCGGGCGCCGCUGCCAUGCGGCUGGCCCUGCUCUGGGCCCUGGGGCUCCUAGGUGCGGGCAGUCCUCUGCCCUCCCGGCCGCUCCCCAAUACAGACCCCACAGGUGGCACCAAGGAACAGAAGGCCAAACCAGAGAGGGCCUUGAGUGGACCCUUGGAGCCUCAAGUCCUCCAAGACCACCACCUGAUUACCCUAGCAGAGAUGCUUCAGACAAGUUUACCUGAGGCCCUGAGGGUCAAAUUGGAGCUGGACGGGGAGAGUCACAUCCUGGAGCUGCUACAAGACAGGGACCUGGUCCCAGGCCAGACAACUGCAGUGUGGUACCAGCCCAAUGGCACUCGGGUGGUCAGCAAGGGACACACUCUGGAGAACUGCUGCUACCGGGGCAGGGUGUGUGGCCAUAAGGGCUCCUGGGUCUCCAUCUGCACCUGCUCCGGGCUCAGGGGCUUGGUGGUCCUCUCCCCAGAGCGAAGCUAUGCCCUGGAGCUGGGGCCUGGGGACCCUCAGGGGCCUCCCACUGUCUUCAGGGUCCAAGAUUUCCUCCUGCCAGGUCGCAGUGGCUCCCUGAGCUGGUAUGCACCUAUGCCCACGAUGGCUCCACCAGAGCUCCCCCUGGGACAGCGACACAGUCGCAGGCAGAAGCGGGAUGUGCUCACAGAAACCAAGAUCAUUGAGUUGGUGAUUGUAGCUGACCAUUCAGAGGUCAGGAGGUUCCCUGACUUCCAGCGCCUGCUGAACCGCACCCUGGAGGUGGCCUACCUGCUGGACGCAUUCUUCCAGCCCCUGAAUGUGCGGGUGGCGCUAGUGGGCCUGGAGGCCUGGACCCAGCACGACCUGGUGGAGAUAAGCUCAAACCCAGCUGUGACACUAGAAAACUUCCUCCGCUGGCGCCGGGCAAACUUGCUGCCUCGAAUGCCCCAUGACAGUGCCCAGCUGGUGACUGAUAUCUCAUUCUCUGGGCCCAUGGUGGGCAUGGCCAUUCAGAACUCCAUCUGUUCCCCGGACUUCUCAGGAGGUGUGAACAUGGAUCACUCCACCAGCAUCCUGGGAGUUGCUUCCUCCAUAGCCCAUGAGUUGGGCCACAGCCUGGGCCUGGGCCACAGUCCGCCUGGGAGUGGUUGCCCCUGCCCAGGCCCGGCUCCUGCCAAGAGCUGCAUCAUGGAGUCCUCCACAGACUUCCUGCCGGGCCUGAACUUCAGCAACUGCAGCCGGCAGGCCUUGGAGAAAGCCCUCCUGGCGGGGAUGGGCAGCUGCCUCUUCGAAAGGCUGCCCGGCCUGCCCUUGGUGAACACUUCCUGCGGAAACAUGUUCGUGGACCCCGGCGAGCAAUGUGACUGUGGCUUCGCAGAUGACUGCACCGAUCCCUGCUGCGAUCAUGAUACCUGCCAGCUGAGGCCAGGGGCACAGUGUGCAUCUGAUGGACCCUGUUGUGAAAAUUGCCAGCUGCGCCCAGCUGGCUGGCAGUGCCGCCCUAGCAGAGGCGACUGUGACUUGCCCGAGUUCUGCCUAGGAAACAGCUCCCAGUGCCCCCCUGACAUCAGCCUGGGGGACGGUGAACCCUGCGCUAGUGGGCAGGCUGUGUGCAUGCACGGCCGCUGUGCCUCCUAUGCCCAGCAGUGCCGGUUGCUCUGGGGACCUGGGGCCCAGCCCGCCACACCACUUUGCCUCCAUACAGCCAACACACGGGGCAAUGCCUACGGAAGCUGUGGGCGCAGCCCCGAUGGCAGCUAUGUGCCCUGUGCCCCUCGAGAUGCCAUUUGUGGGCAGCUCCAGUGCCAAGGGGGAAGGACACAGCCUCUGCUGGGCUCAGUCCAAGAUCUGUUUUGGGAGACCCUGGAAGCCAAUGGGACACAGAUCAAUUGCAGCUGGGUGCACCUGGACCUGGGCAGUGACGUGGCCCAGCCCCUCCUGACUCUUCCUGGCACCACCUGUGGCCCUGGCCGGGUGUGCAUCAGCCAGCGAUGCCAGCCUGUGGAUCUCCUGGGAGCACAGGAAUGUCGACGCAAAUGCCACGGGCAUGGGGUCUGUGACAGCAACCAGCACUGCCACUGUGAGGAGGGCUGGGCGCCCCCCGACUGCAUCACCCAGCUCCGAGCAACCAGCGCCCUGACCACAGGCCUGCUCCUCAGCCUCCUACUGUUGCUGGUCCUAGUGCUACUUGGUGCCAGCUACUGGUACCGUGCCCGCCUGCACCAGCGGUUCUGUCAGCUCAAAGGGUCCAGCUGCCAAUACAGGGCAGCCCAGUCUGGUCCCCCAGAACGGCCAGGACCCCCGCAGAGGACCCAGCCGAUGCCAGGCACUAAGCAGGCUCUCAGCUUUCCGGCCCCCCCCUCCAGGCCGCUGCCGCCUGACCCUGUGCCCAAGAGACUCCAGGCUGAGCUGGCUGAUCGACCCAAUCCCCCUACCCGCCCUCUGCCCGCCGACCCUGUGGUGAGGCGCCCGAAGUCUCAGGGCCCUGCCAAGCCCCCACCCCCACGGAAGCCACUCCCUGUAGACCCCCAGGGCCGGUGCCCAUCGGGCGACCUGCCUGGCUCUGGAGCUGGAAUCCUUCCCUCGGUGGUCCCCUCUAGGCCAGCGCCGCCGCCCCCAGCAGCGUCCUCCCUCUACCUCUGACCCCUGCGAAGGUUGCGCUGCCUUCAACUCGGACUUAGGACUUAAAGAAGCCGAGCCUCCACUGGAGUCCUCCAGGAUGGCUGAAGGAGCUCAGUCUGGACGCUGUCAGGGUGUUAAGCGACAGCAUGGGGGACUCCCCACCCCCUGGGGAGAGGCUGUGACUGGGCGGGGCCCAGGGAGGCUGCAAUAAACGUGAGCUCUUGAGAACUCGC